AUGAACAACACUGCUCGUCUCGAUGGUCCUGUUGCUUUGCGAUCUGCCAUGUCGAAAAGCUUGUGGCGCUAUGUGACCCUGUCCCUUCCCCGGGAUGAUCUGGACCAAAUCUGGGAACCAGCUACAUACAUAUUUGGUGCACUCCGAGCGUACGGAGUUCCUCAUGCGGCUCAAAUCUAA